AGCUGCCUUUCCCUGUAGAUCAAAUCACAAAUCUUCCACGGAACGACUUCCAAAUGUUGGUGAAAAUGCACAAACUGACCUCGGAGCAGCUGGAGUUUAUACAUGACGUGAGGCGGCGGAGUAAGAAUCGCAUCGCGGCUCAGCGCUGCCGCAAGAGGAAGCUCGACUGCAUCAUGAAUCUGGAGUGUGAGAUCAGAAAACUGGUGUGUGAGAAGGGGAAGCUGCUGACGGAGAGGAACCAGCUGAAGGCGUGUAUGGGGGAGCUGUGGGAGAACUUCUCCUGCCUGUCCCAGGAGGUGUGCCGCGACGUGCAGCUGAGCCCUGAGCAGGUCCAGUCUCUCAACCACUACUGCCCCGUGCGGCCCGCCAACUCCACCGACACCCCCCCCAACACCACCAGCAUCGACCUCACCACCCACUCUGGCUCUGCCACACCGGAGCCCAGCUUCCACGGAUCGCCCGGGGCUGCAGAUAGCGAGCCCGACUCGGCGGUCAGAAACGGGCCGGACAGAGAAACAGACAUCCAGGACGCCGGCCUGUACGAUGAGUCAGGGCUGGUCAAAUCCAACCAGGCGGUAACGGUGGAUUUCUGCCAGGAAAUGACUGACAAAUGUACAACUGAUGAGCAGCCGAGGAAGGACUGCGCUAAUUAGUGGUGGUUCUCUUUGUUGUUGAUUUCGAUGUUUUUUUUAUUAUUUAAUUUUACUUUUCUGACAAACCCACUCUCAGGGUUGCUGAGACAGUCAGCCUCUGCCAGUGUUCACUGAAAAACAAGCUUUGUUUGUAUUUAUGUAUUUUUGUGCUGUUUUCUUUUUUUUUUGAACGGUUGACACUAAAGUUGUCUUAACAGCAGCAAUACUGUUCUCCAGGUAUUCUCCUCUUACCACAACAGAGUGGGAACUUCUCACCAAACAUUACAAUGGUGCUAUCCUCGCCUAACAGCAACCUCUACAGUGGGGACUCGCCCCCCACGUGUCACUCAUCACAAGUCAAAGUGGAACCUCAUCGGACCUAAACAGCAGCUCUCUGUGUCUCUCUGUUCCUGUCUUCCUCUUUCUCUGUCUCCCACUCUGUCUCUAUCAAUCUUCUCUACCUCUUUCUGUCUCACUUUUCUUUCUCUCUGUCUGUCUGUGGUUCGUCUCUCACCAUAUCUCAGUGGCCCUUUUUGUCACAGCAAUUCAAACUCAGGAAAAAAAAGAAUCCUCUGAAUGUUCAACCUAAUUCAUGAAAAAAUGAGAAUGCAGCUUCUGUACACGGGGAGUUAAGAUGCAGUUGACUUUUUAAAAUGUUCAUAUGCAAAUAUGUCUUCGAGCGUCUGGCAUUUGUAAUUCUGUACAGGAGAACUGUGUGCAGGCUGUAACCGAAAACAUUCCUCCUUUGCCUUCCUCAGCACUGAAUUGAAAGGAAAAGGUUUUUUGCAGGCGGUUAGAUGGCUAUUUUUAUUUCCCACUCAUCAGCAAUACCAUUGUAUUUGGAUGUUGUAACGGUGACUUUCAAAUGCUUGUUUGGCAGAAAUGUACAUAGUAUGGAGCAUGAUGACUGUAACAGUGAUUUUGUACUGGUAGAGGCUUAGACGUUUCUUUUUCACGGGGUUAUAUCAAGCACCUUUUGCUAAGGGGAAAUCUUUGCUUUGCUGUUUCCUGUCCUGCCUAACGAAUGCUCCCUAUCACGGUGAGCGUUCCUAUACUCAGGAAAUCAGCUCCACAUGAAGACACACACAUGCAGUACAUACAGUUACAUGCGUCAAAACACAUGUACAAUUUUUAGCCCCAUGCAUGUAAUAAAGUUAGACAUUCAAGUUGUGUUUUACGCGAGGCUCUUCCCCCUUUUCCUCUUUAAAUGUGAAAAAAGAGUUCUGCCUUGUGUUGUUUGGAGGACAUUUUAUUAUCAGUAUUUUAAGAUGCUCUUUGUGUACACUCUCGCAGACGUGUUUUGGGUUUAUUCGAUAUUGCCGUUAGAUGUUAGGAGACAGCAAAAAGUGCAGCCAACAAAUAAGUGACAGAUACUAAAAAAAAAAUCUAAUUGAUCCUGAGAAAGAGAAAAAUAUUGACUUCAGUCAGGCACUUUGUUUUGGCCUCAAGCACUCAGAGCCAUUUAGCACUUCAAUAAGGUCUUUGUCUUUGUUUCAGACCUCCUCAAAGUCUCAGACUGGAGCACUUAAACUUCAAGAGGAAACAUCUUGUUUAUAUAAAUAUACAAUAAAAAUAUCUUUAUGAAGAAAAUGUAUCCGAAAGCUAAAAAGAAGCUAAUGUUUUAGACCUUAUAUUUGUAUUUCUUUAGGAAUUGAAUAAGCUAAUUCAAAUUGUAUUCUACGUGAAAGCAGUGUGUUGAUUGAGUAACAAUCAUAUAAGAUAGUAACACGUUUGCCCUAAUUGUGCAUUUGUUUGACCAUCCUCAUUUGUGAUGUGCAUGCAUGCUGCCUAGCUUUAGGCCUAGUUUGUUUGUCUUCUUCUGUUUACCUUCUCUGAAGCAGUCUGCUUUUAAACUGAUAUCUCUUUGAAAUGUGUCUGUAUAACAAGGCAGAAAGAGUUGAUAUUAACCCUAACUAGAGGAGGCUUUCAGGGCCGUACUCUAGCACAAGGUUGAAUUCAAAUGGUAUUUAAAAGUGUAUUCAUUGCUCUUUAAAGCCCCAAUCCAAAGAGACUAUCCCUGAGUUAACUGGAGCAAAUGUAGCUUGUAGGCAAGCUAAUCUUUCAUUAGCUUCACUACAUCAAUGUAAUCUCUUAUUGAGUAAUUCGGAGAGAUGUUUUACUAUCCUUACUCUAAAGAAUAUUCCUUUCGAUCAUUUUUUUUCUACUUAAACUGACUUUGUAGUAGUUAUUAGAUUUAAAUCUUAUAGCCAUGUAUGGCAGGUCAAACUAAGAUGCUAGAUAGGUGCUACCAGGAUAGCCUGUAGCAGCUAGCUAUACCACCUACUCCCCCAUCUAACUGAAGGUGAUUUUUUCUUAGUUGAAAUAAACCGAGAAACUGUUUUUAUAGUAAUCCCUGCAACAUUUUUUUUUUUUGGCCAAACAAGUCUGGGAUUUGGGCUUUAAAAUGUGAAUGAAAGUUUUAAAAGUUCUCCCCUGAUUUUAAAUAAUUAUAGAUGUAUAAGAAAUGUCUCAGGUGAGACUGUUUUUUAUACAGCCAAACAAUUAAGUGUAUUUUAUAAAACCGUCUUUGAUUUCUUAAAAGGCAGAUACAAAGACCCACACACACACACACACACACACACACCCCCACACACACACACUCAUACACAGCAGUAGAGGACCUUCAUCCGCUGGUGUGUUUUCUUUGUGUUUGUUCAGCCCUUUAUCAAAUGUGUGCUCUUCUUCAUUCUUUGAUGCAUAUUUACUGCAGCAAAGCAGUAUCUACCCAUAUAGAUUGUACCAGGUUCCAGAAAGCUAAACAUUACAUACGCUUAUUUUCUGCAAACAUUUUGCAACUCGCUUUUUAUUCAUGUACUUUUUCAUCUGCCUAAUCUUAAAUUGACGAGGCCCGGUGUUGGAUUUGCGAGCAUAGACUCUGACUUUAUGUCUCUGUGUGGAGAACAUUUAUUUGUGAAGUUUGUGUUGGAGCAAAACUAUUGUAACAAAGGCCCCUGGGUGUCUCCUCACAUUAUUUAAUAAUACAACAGUGAUCACAUCCUUUUGUUUGCAUAGCAGAACUUCUACCUAUUGAAUGUUGAUAAUUCAAUUUAGCAAACCUUAGAAUCCCGUGGACCUCGGGUGAUUCACUGCUCGGUCAAAGUGCAGUAACAGGCAUCCUCUGCAACAUGUCAACUCUUAUUUAAAGGGUCCAUUCACGUUACAAACACAAAUGAUCCCUUACUGUAUGUCUUGUGGACACUGGUCACCCAGAUAGAUCUGGUUUUAUUGGUUCAUGUUUUGGGAUAUCUGUCUCUUUACAUUCUGCCUUUUGGUGCUCACACCACUGAAGGAAGUACUCUCCUGUUACUCUGAAUGCUGUGAACAGUAUUUUUUCAGAGAAUGCCAAAACGUUGGUGAAUAAAACCAUAACUAUAGGCCUUGCUAGUUACUUAUAGAUGUGAGUGACAACAUUUUUCUUGUCAUUUGGGUGAACCGACCCUUUAGUGUCUCAGGUGCCACGCAUUUAACCCGCUCUCACAUCACUCUGAAGCAGAUUUUCUUUUUUACUUUAGUACUUACUUUAUCAAAUCAAAUGAAUGCCCCUUUUAAAUGAUUUGUUCAAAUGACUUAAAGCUGCAUCAAUUCAUUUCUAACCUUCACAACGAGCAAAGAAAGCAACAUUAUGAUUCAUUUGGAGUUGUGUGCAUGUCACCAUAUGAAUGGAGUUGAUAUGAUGUACCCUCUUAGCUCAUUGUUCCUGAUCUCCACCAAUUCAUGAGUUCACCAGCUAACUGACUUUAUAUCCGAGCCAGCAGAAUGGGAUGUUUGGAAAACCAAGAAUAAUAAGUGAAAAGAGGCUGAAAUAUUCAGUGGAGAUGAAGGAAAAGUAGUGUUGGUGAUCAUAUUUUUGCUAAAUGUUUAGCAACCUCAUAAACAAUGUUCUUUUGAUCAAUUUUUCAUAUAAAAAAUAUUGGUGCAGCUUUAAAAUGAUAUAAUAAUAAGCUUGAACAACUCAAAUAAAUCUCAGAAUUUGAUACUUAUGGAAUCCUCCAGGUUCAAUUGUUGUUUAUUACAGGAAAGUGGCUCCAACUGCUCCUACCUUGUUGCUGUGUAUUUGUCUUGUUUAAUUGAACUUUUGUGUUGCUGCUUCUCUGAAACAAACACUGGCUUUUCUACUCCAAAGGUUGUUCUAUCAAAUAAUAUGAACAAAAACAUGCCUUUCUCACAGAUUGCUAAUCUUUUCUUGAAAAAACCACAAAACAAAUCUGGUAUCCUGGUUGAAUGCGCAGGCUGAGAUCAUUGAGUAAAAUAUACAAAUGCAAAAUGUUUACAAUUGCCAUGCAAAAAUGGCUCGGUUUAAUUGGACUGGUUCUUGUUGUCGUGGAAAGAGACAAAGUUUCUUCACCUUGUCUUUAUUCCAACCUUUGGGAUGGCUCAGCAUUACAUGGAUAAAAGUGCACCUCCGAUAUUUGCCUUAGAACUUGCAGAGGCCAUAGUUCACAUUCAAGUGAAGUGAGUGUAUGCAGGGGCCCGGCCCCCAUCCCUGAGUCACCAGUGCAGACUUCCUCACACUUAUCUACCUGUGAAAUCCUUCAUACCUCUCAUAACUGGUCAAUGACUGUAUCAGCAAACCGCAUCAGGUGUUUUUCUACAUGCUUUUUACACAGAUUAUAUGGAUUCUUGUAUUAGUAGAUUUUGGUGCACCAUUUUUUAUGUAAUAGCUCUUAAGCUUGUAGUUCGAGUUGUUUUUUUGUUUUCAUUUUUCUAGAUGACUGUUUUGUGUUAAUAAUUUUCAAUUUGAAAUAGCUGUUAUUUCUCACUCUACUAAGAGUUCUUACCUUUAUCAUUUUGAAAUGCUACAUGACCCUAAUUAAUUAAAAUGACUUAAAAACCAUUGUAAAUAUGGUAUUGUGCAAACCCCAUUUUCAUUCAUUUCAAUUGCUUGUGUUAUAUAAAUGACUCUUUUGUCUAGACACCAUUUCUCUUUAUGAAAUAAAGAAACAUGCAUAUCA